AUGGAAACUCCAGACAAUGUUGUGGCUUCAUACGAGUCAGCUGUGAAGAUAAUUUUGCAAUGGGAUGUUAGCACUGCGAGAGGACAAAAGAUGUUUGAUGGAGAAGAUCACAAUGGGAUAAAUCAGUACUUGCGAGCCGUUGAUGAGAUCCACCGUUCGAUGGAAUUGACGACUGUGUUUGAUGAUGACAAGAGUAAGAGCAAGACCAACAGUGUGCUUGAGAAAGCCAUGGCCCGGCUUGAAGAGGAGUUCGUCAACAUCUUGACCGGGACUGGCAACAUCCAUCCGAGCUAUUCAACUUCUUCGAGUUCAGUAACUGAUAGCAUUAACUAUGAAUUAGUUGAAGAGGAUUACUUAGACUACGAUAUUGUACCAUCUGAAGAAGAAAUAAAUGAUCUCCGGAGUAUUGCUGAAAGGAUGGACUCUGUUCAGUGCGUUCAGGUUUACAGGAGAGUAAGGAAGGGUAUAGUGGAUGUGUGUUUCCAACGUCUUGGCAUCGAGAAAUUGAGCAUUCAACAAAUUUGGAGGUUGGAAUGGCAAGUGUUGGAGGUGAAGAUCAGACAGUGGAUACAUGCAGCCAAGUUUUGUGUUCAAAUUUUCUUUCCCAAAGAGAAGCAACUCUGUGAGCAAAUCCUUGCAAGUCUUGAAACUGUUGCAAUUGAUUACUGUUUUACGGAAAUAGUUAGAGAUGCCACAGUUCAGUUAUUUGACUUUGUGGAUGCCAUAAGUACUAGUCGUCUAUCGCCAGAGAGGCUGUUCAAAUUUAUAGACCUCCACGAAGCAUUGUCAGAUCUUCUACCUGAAGUGGACACUCUUUUUCAAUCAAAAUCAGCAGAACCUAUUGAAAUCGAGGUUGUUGAGUCACCUAUUCAAAUCCGAGCUGUUGAGAUACUUUCUCAGCUCAAGGAAGCAGUCAAAGGGACUCUAUUGCAACUAGAGAAAGAAGUGUGUCAUAAGCAGUCAACAAUUUUGGUUCCUAGUGGGAUUAUUCACAGCUUGACUAGGUAUGUGAUGGAUUAUACCAUUUGGGUCUCCGAGUACAAGCACUCUUUAACUUCAAUAAUUGUAUCUAAGCCAUCAACAUAUUUGAAAUAUUUUGAUGAUGAGACGAUUAUUCAUAUGGACUAUAUAGAAGUUGAGGGGCAAACUCCGUUGGCACUCCAUUUAAUUUGGAUUAUUCAGAAUUUAGUACGCCAGUUGAAUGUCGAGUCCAACCACCACGAUGAUGUCGACUUGGCUUUUUCGUUCAUGGUGGACAAUGCUCUUUACAUUCUUCAGAAAAUUAUAGGCUGUCCAGAAUUGAGGAUGAUGGUUGGCAAUCAUUUGUUACACAAAUUAUAUAGAUUUUUAAUCCACUAUGUGAGAGUUUCAACAUUGAGAAUCGAAUCCAGUAUGAGACGAAAGAAACUAGGCACCAGUGGGUGCUGCUCUUCUGGGAUGUCAAGGAUUGGUUUGAGAGAGACUUGGCUCUUAUCGGUGUUUUCUUUUGGCUUCAUGCCAACACGAAGGGAUCCUGGGGAAAGUUCUAGCUCUAAUCUCGUAGAAAGGGAUCAGGAGCAAGUUGAGGAAGAUAUCUUAUUGCGUGAUUUGUUUGUGCCACCACCGGCACCACCACCACCACCUCCAAAGAAAAAUGAGUUAGAUGAUACUCUUUACCACAUUGCAAAGUUUGUGAAAUUGAUGCCAACUUUGUUUGAGGGCGGUCCAGAUCCGCUUGUUGCGGAUAGUUUCAUGGAUAGGGUGGAGAAGCAUAUUAAUGCCAUGAAUUUGGCAACGGACAAGUUGAAGAUUACAUUGGCUACUUACAAUUUUGUGGGCGAUGCUGAGAUUUGGUGGAAGACCGUUUCUCACACCCAUAAUCUGGAUACUAUGACAUAUGCUACAUUCAAGAAGUUGUAUUAUGAGAAGUACUUUCCGACGCCUAAGCGGAGGGAAGGAGUUUGA